AUGCCGGUGAAAAAGAAGGUUGUAAAAAAAGGAGCAGCAGCGCCGCCUCCAGAACCAGAACCAGAACCCGAGCCCGAGCCAGAAGUCGUCGAAGAGCCGCCAGAGGAAGAAUCAUCAGAGGAGGAAGAAGAAGAGGAACCGCUUUCCGAGGAAGAGGAAGGAUCGAAAAAAACGAAAUUUGAUCUGUUACAUGAAUUCGUGCAAGUGACUUACGAUUUCUUGAACCAGUAUGAUGCCAUUGUGGAGAAUAGGAACCAACAUCGGUCUUUGUUCAUCAAAAACCUAAACCCAAUGAGAGAGAACCUGGUCUUUAUACUUCAUCAGUAUAUAAUGAAUCAGCUGCCUCGAGACGACUACCUAUGUCUGCAUAUAAAAUGUUGCGGAGAAGAAUUACUGAACAACGAAGAGUUUGAUUUACACUACGUAGAAGAGCAUAGAAAAGCUAACAGGGGCAUUGUAUUGCCAGAGAUACAAACGAUUGCUGCCUAUCGAAAGUGGUUGCGGAAAUACAAAGUCAGAGGAAGAGUUGUCAACAAUGACUUACUAUUUGUGCUCAGGCGACUAUUACGAAAAACCAACACAGUUUUGGCAGGAGCAUAG